UAAGAUGUUGGUGUCUGUCUAAGUUUAUUGGAGAAAACCGUGUGCAUGCAGUUACUACUGAAGCAAUGCGAGCUACACAUGGGGGAUCGGGUUAGGACAGGAGGUCUGAUGUGUUUUUCCACCCUCUUAUUAGCUAGAUUUGGUAACAAAGCAUGGAAAAUCUCAGAUUCCUCCGCGAUAUUCGCAGAUUGCAGCUGUGAUGAGCAUGCAGCGUAUUGGUCCUUUUUCGCUAUAAUCUGAAACUUCCAUAAAUACCACCAUCCUUAAAUGGCUUCCCUUUGCUGCACGCUCCUGCUAUAUUGAUUGAGUAGUUGAUCGUGUUAAAAAGCUGCCUCGUCGUGAUAUAAAGUAUGUAUAUAUAUAUAUCUGAAAGAAACAUAUAGCUCUUGGCCAACCUUCUGACUGAGGCUAGCAAGCAGGCAAAACCAGGAAGGUAAUAUUAUAGCUAGGGAUGAAUUCUGGGUCGGGAAGUGGAUGUUCAGGUGAUGAACAAGAGUCCACCAGUUCAGCUGGGAAGGGGAAGAAGAGCUACCACCGCCACAAUUCCCACCAGAUACAGCAGCUUGAAGCAUUUUUCAAGGAGUGUCCACACCCAGAUGAAAACCAGCGACGCCAGUUGAGCAGGGACUUGGGGCUUGAACCUAAACAGAUCAAGUUCUGGUUCCAGAACAAGAGGACUCAAACUAAGGCUCAGAGCGAGAGAGCAGAUAACAGCACCCUCCGGGCUGAGAAUGAGAGGAUAUACUCGGAGAACCUUGCAAUUAAAGAGGCUCUGAAGAAUGUGAUUUGUCCGGCUUGUGGUGGUCCACCGUUUGGGGAGGAAGAGAGGCUGCGUAGCUUGCAGAAACUUCAGAUGGAAAAUGCACAGCUCAAAGACGAGUAUGAGAAGGUCUCAAAUCUUCUAACCAGGUACAUUGGGAGACCGAUAUCACAGAUUGAGUCAUUGAUGCCUGUCCGUGGAUCUUCUCUGGAUUGUCCAUCAGCAACUUUCUCAAACCAAGGGGUGGGAAAUCCGUCCUCGGACCUCAAUGUAGCUCCAGCUAAAACCUCUGCACUGCCCUUGUACCAAGCAAAGGGAAUUCCAGAGAUGGAGAAGGCCCUGAUGGUGGAGACUGCUGCAGGUGCCCUCGAUGAAUUGACCAAGCUCCUCCGACUCAAUGAACCCUUGUGGACCAAAUCAUCCGCUGAUGGGCGAUACCUCCUCUUGCGUGACAGCUAUGACAAGAUAUUCCCUCGGUCUAAUCAUUUCAAAAGCUCCAGCGCUCGGUUUGAGUCAUCUAAGGAUUCAGUUCUCGUCGCCAUGAAUUCAGUGAACUUGGUUGAUACAUUCUUAGAUGCAGAUAAAUGGGCAGACAUGUUUCCCACAAUCAUUACUCAAGCAAGGACAAUUCAGGUGAUCGAACCUGGGAUAUCAGGAAGUCGGAGUGGUUCCCUGCAGCUGAUGUAUGAACAGCUACAUGUUCUCUCCCCUCUGGUGCCACCACGGGAGUUCUACUUCCUUCGCUACUGUCAGCAAAUCGAGGUAGGUCUCUGGGUGAUAGCGGAUGUCUCUUACGAGAGCGUGAGCCAGAGCAUCUUACCUUCUCGUUCUUGGAGGCUUCCCUCAGGCUGCAUGAUACAGGACAUGCCCCAUGGUUGUUCAAAGGUGACUUGGGUCGAACAUGUGGAGGUCGAUGAUAAGACCCAAACUCAUCGCCUCUAUAGGGAUAUUGUGUGUAGUGGGUUGGCGUACGGAGCAGAAAGAUGGGUUGCUGCACUCCAAAGAACGUGUGAGAGAUUAACCUACUCCAUGGGCGAUGAUGCAGUGGCUCGCGAUCUCGGAGGAGUUAUCAGUCUGUGCGAAGGUAGGAGGAGCAUAAUGAAGCUAGCAUGGAGGAUGGUCAAGAACUUCUGUGCAACCUUGAGCAUGUCUGGCAAGCUGGACUUCCCUCAGCUGUCAGAAGUGAACAACAGUGGCGUUCGCAUCUCCAUCCGUAAAAGCACCAGCCUGGGAGAGCCCGGCGGAACCAUUGUUGGCGCUGCCACUUCUCUCUGGCUUCCUGUUCCUCCUCAAAGACUCUUCAAUUUCUUCAGGGACGAGAAAAUGCGAGUUCAGUGGGAUGUCUUAGCCAACGGGAAUCCCGUGCACGAGGUGGCGCACAUCUCAAAUGGACCACAUCCUGGAAACUCAAUAUCUAUAAUCCGGCCUUACAUCCCGACGGAGAACAUGCUGAUGCUGCAAGAGAGCUGCAUAGACCACUUGGGGUCGCUAAUAGUGUCUGCUCCAGUGGAUGUGCCCUCCAUCAAUGAAGCAGUGAGCGGCGGGGACUCUUCCAUCAUUCCCAUACUCCCAUCAGGAUUCAUAAUCUGCGGGGACAGCCGUCCAGGUCCUGGUUCCGAUACGAAGGGAGGCUGCCUCCUUACAGUGGCCUUCCAGGUACUAGUGGCUGCUCCGUCCUCUGAGAAUCACUUGAACCUGGACUCCAUAGCGACCAUCAAUACACUCAUUAGCUCCACCGUUCAGAGAAUAAAGGCAGCCUUGAACAGCUCUCGUCUGGAUUGAAGAACCAGAGAACUGCGACUACCUCCUGCUGCUGCUGCUGUCGUCCAGUCCAGUCCAGUCCCGUACUUUUUGUGUCCUCUCCGUCUCAUAGCUUCAACUAUCACCUUUCUUUUCCUUUGGUAAUAACGUACCGUCACACAUGCUCCGACUGAACAUCUUCUCUUUGCUAGGCUGAAUUCCUUUUGGUGCAAACCGAGUAUUACCCUUACAUUUUGCAUAUACAUAUAUAUACACAUAUGUAUAUACUGUUAUUUCUUUC